ACGUGUAGGUCGCCUCCUCCGUUGCGGCGAUGUCUGAGGGCGAAACCAAGCAACUAUCCGGCAAUAUCGGUGCCGACCAGAAACCCGAGGCUGCGUCUGCGGGAUCCGGCAUGACCUCACUUUCGCCGCCGUUAGCGGCGGCAACUCAAGAGGAGGAGGAAGAGGAGGAAGAAGAAGACGAGUCCGAGGACGAGUCCGAAAUCUUGGAGGAAUCACCUUGCGGGCGUUGGCAGAAGAGGCGGGAAGAGGUUAAUCAGCGCAAUGUUCCUGGAAUUGAUAGUGCCUAUUUGGCAAUGGAUACAGAAGAAGGUGUGGAGGUCGUUUGGAAUGAAGUCCAGUUCUCAGAACGCAAGAAUUUUAAGCUUCAAGAGGAAAAGGUCAAAGCUGUCUUUGACAACCUGAUCCAGUUGGAGCACCUGAACAUUGUGAAAUUCCAUAAAUAUUGGGCAGAUGUGAAAGAAAAUAAAGCUAGGGUUAUCUUCAUUACGGAAUACAUGUCCUCUGGUAGCCUGAAACAAUUUUUGAAGAAAACAAAGAAGAACCACAAGACUAUGAAUGAAAAGGCCUGGAAGCGUUGGUGCACCCAAAUCCUUUCUGCCCUCAGUUACCUUCACUCCUGUGAUCCUCCCAUCAUUCAUGGAAACUUGACUUGUGAUACCAUCUUUAUCCAGCACAAUGGGCUUAUUAAGAUUGGAUCAGGUGCUGCCAGAAGCAUGGCUUUGUUUGCGGUAUCAACUGAGAAAGUUGUGAAAAAGAUAGGGGUUGCCCCCGAUACCAUCAACAAUCAUGUGAAGACCUGUCGUGAGGAGCAGAAGAACCUGCAUUUCUUUGCUCCAGAGUAUGGCGAAGUUGCACAUGUGACUACAGCAGUGGACAUCUACUCCUUUGGAAUGUGUGCAUUAGAGAUGGCAGUGCUGGAGAUCCAGGGAAAUGGUGAAUCUUCCUAUGUGCCACAAGAAGCUAUUAACAAUGCCAUCCAAUUGCUAGAGGAUCCAUUACAACGAGAGUUCAUUCAGAAGUGCCUGGAGCCACAACCUAGCAAACGACCCACAGCUCGUGAGCUUCUCUUCCAUCAGGCUUUGUUUGAAGUACCCUCUCUGAAGCUUUUGGCAGCCCAUUGCAUUGUGGGCCAUCAGCACAUGAUCCCUGAGAAUGCACUUGAAGAAAUGACCAAGAACUUGGACAUGAGCGCUGUACUGGCUGAAAUCAACCAUGCUGACCGUGAUGGUGUCCGUAUGAUAUUCUCACAGUCCCCAGCGCUGGAACUAGACAAGUUCUUGGAAGAUGUGAGAAAUGGAAUCUAUCCACUUACUGCCUUUGGCCUGCCCCGACCUCAGCAGCCACAGCAAGAGGUGGUGAAAUCUCCCAUUGCCCCCCCAUCAGUAAAGACUCCAACACCAGAGCCAGCAGAAGUGGAGACUCGCAAAGUGCUGCUGAUGCAAUGCAACAUUGAAUCGGUGGAGGAGGGUGUGAAGCACCAUUUGACACUGCUGCUGAAACUGGAAGACAAACUGAAUCGGCACUUGAGCUGUGACCUGCUGCCCAGUGACAAUAUUCAGGAACUGGCAGCUGAAUUGGUUCAGUUAGGAUUCAUCAGUGAGGCUGAUCAAAGCCGACUUAGCUGUUUACUUGAAGAGGCAUUCAACAAAUUCUUCUACUCGCGGAAUGGGGCACUGGCAGCUGUCACUGUGUCAUCAUAAUGGCCAUCUUGCUGCUAGCAGGUGUACCCGCUCUGCAUCUGUGCAGGGUACUACUCUAAGCCGCUGCCACCACCGUUGCCAGCUUGGAUGUGCCUCCCGCAUGUGUUAUAGCCAGGUCCUGCAGACAAUCGUUGCCAGUCUUAAAGGCAGGGGGGGCAAGGUGGGAGGGGAGGGCUGUGUGCCUUGUCAGUAUUAUUUUCCCCGUGGCCAAUGGCCUUCCUUCCCUCUCCCUUUUUUUGGGCUCACAUGCAUGGAGUUUUCUUUUGCUUGAAUUGUACAGGUUUUUUUUUUUUGCACAGCACAGAUGUCUGUCUUGUUAUUUAAAAGGGUGGGGGGGAUGGAGAAGUUAAGUUCUAUCCCAUCCCAUGCUGGCCCUCCACAGUACACAUGCACUCUCUAGCCCCACAGUCAUUGCCUUAUCCCCUCCAGAGGAACUCUUCUCCUUCCCACAGUUGCUUCGUGCACCAGCCUUGCUUCCAGUAUCCCUGGCUGCAUCUGUUGUGGUGUGAGGGUUCCCUCUGGUCAAUAGAGGAAGUAGAUAGGUGAACGUCCAGUUCAGGCAGCAGGUGGCAAAGGCAAUGUUAAACCAUCCUUUCCUUUAGGAUAUUAUCUAAUGCCUGCAGGCUUGGGGCCAGUUUAUCAGAGAAAGUCAACCCUUCCUGUGCUGGAGCUGUUCCAAGUGUCAUUUCUGUUCCUAUUUUUAAUAAAUUGUUUUGUAAAUAAUUAACUGCAACCUGUUUGUGAUUGGAAUCUGGGAAUCGGAAUCACAGAGUUAAAAGGAGCCACUUAAUCCAAUCUCCUGC